CCAUGGCCAAGGAGUGGGGCUACGCUAGCCACAACGGUCCCGAUCACUGGCAUGAGCUUUAUCCAAUUGCCAAGGGAGACAACCAGUCGCCCAUUGAGAUACACACCAAAGACAUCAAGCAUGACCCUUCUCUGCAGCCGUGGUCAGCAUCUUAUGACCCCGGCUCUGCCAAGACCAUUCUGAACAACGGGAAAACCUGCAGGGUCGUGUUUGAUGAUACUUACGAUAGAUCAAUGCUGAGAGGUGGUCCUCUCAGUGGGCCCUACCGGCUUCGCCAGUUUCAUCUUCACUGGGGCUCCUCCGAUGACCAUGGCUCUGAGCACACUGUGGAUGGAGUCAAGUAUGCAGCAGAGCUGCAUUUGGUUCAUUGGAAUCCAAAGUAUAACACCUUUGGGGAAGCUCUGAAGCAGCCUGAUGGAAUAGCUGUGGUUGGCAUUUUUCUGAAGAUAGGACGUGAGAAAGGCGAGUUCCAGCUGCUUCUUGAUGCAUUGGACAAAAUUAAGACAAAGGGCAAGGAGGCGCCCUUCACACACUUUGACCCGUCUUGCCUGUUCCCCGCCUGCCGGGACUACUGGAGCUACCACGGCUCCUUCACCACACCGCCCUGUGAGGAGUGCAUCGUGUGGCUGCUGCUGAAGGAGCCCAUCACCGUCAGCUCCGACCAGAUGGCCAAGCUGCGGAGCAUCUAUGCCAGCGCUGAGAACGAGCCCCCGGUGCCCCUGGUGGGAAACUGGCGUCCCCCACAGCCUAUCAAGGGCAGGGUGGUCAGAGCCUCCUUCAAGUGA